AACACCCCCAAAAAGCCCAGGGAGCGACGCCGAAAGAGCGGACUUGUGCGUGUGAGCAACCGAGCAUCGGGCUUCUUCCUCGGUGACCUGCUAUGACGAGCGCCGCUUAGGCUGCGGCUCCUUCCCCUCCAUCCACCAACCAGGCCGAUAUCAAAGUGGAGGAGCGCACCAUGUAGGCGGGCUGGUCGCCAAGUGGGACUCCAUACUGCUCUCUGGGGGGGCAAUGGAGCCGGGAGGGCCACCCCUGACCCCAGGGACCAGCUAUGUGCCCCCACCGUUGAACUCUGCACAAAAUCCCUCCACCCCGACCUCCCCUGACAGCACCUUACAGUCCUCAUGUUCUUCCAAUGUGAGCGACAUCCUGACGCCUGCCAAAGGCUCACCGGGCCUGGAUGCAGACCAGGACCCAAAGCAGACCGAGGGCAGUGCAGAGUCGGAGGGGAGUGCACAGAGAAGAUUCCGCUCCUCAGCCUUUCCUUCCUCGCUCAGCUGGGACUCGGACUCUGAGAAAGAGACCGUAGAUGAGGAGGAGCUGCAGCAUUUUUCUAACCCUCACGGUCUGGCUGUUCACAGCCCAGGAUCUCCUUCCUCCGGACCCAGAGCUGUUAGCGAAGAUAACAAAGAAGCAGAGCCGAAGGCUGAUAAGGCUGCCCCUGAGGAGGUGUACCAUCAAAGUAUAGAAAGCACAAAAAAAGAAGAACCAAACGCGUGUCAGCUUGGCCCGACAGACUGGGGAGGCAGCCAUGACUGGGACAUAUCCCAGGGAGCCCAAGGAGAACCAAAGACGGAGGAGGACGCAGACAAAAGGGAGGUCGAGAAAAGCCCCGGGGGAAAAGACAUAGAGGAGCGUGGGAAGGAUGUGUACACAUUUACCGGAGACUCCGACCCUGGGAGUCUUCCUCCGGCCCAGUGGGCUCCAUGCACACCUGUUCUGAUGUCCACAAAGACGAAGGUCCGCCCCAGGCCCUUCCCCAGCCUUGAAACUAUGACUGAGACUGGUACGCAAGGAAGUGGAAGUCCUCACGGGUCACCUCCAAGUCAAGGCGGCUUUGGGGAGUCGGACGAUCCGAUCAUGGUCCAAGAAGAAGAGGCUGCGGACGGUGACAUCUUCACCUGUGUGGAAUGUAGCAUUUACUUUAAAAAGCAGGUCCACCUCCAGGAGCACAUGGUCGAGCACUCCCGAACAGGCGAAGAGGGCGGUUUUCCGUGUGACGAGUGCGGAUGGGACCUGCCCACGUGCGUUUCGCUGGAGGACCACCAAAGAAGGCACCAGGAGUCUCGUGUGAAAAUCGUGGCGGAAAUCCAGAAGCUGAAUGAAGACGAGAAAACAAAAGAGAGACUGGACGCCAAGGUGGCCACGCAGCAAACGCCACACCGUUUCAGUCCAGACAAGGUGUUCCCGCCUUCACACCAGCCCCCAUGCGAUGGAGACCAAGCUGCUUGUGAAUCAAAUCCACCUCAAAAUCCUCCCAGUUCUUUUGGAGUCACAUUCCGGCCCCGAGCGGUGAUGUACCGCCGCCGCUUUGUCUGCGCCCAAUGUCACUUCAGCGCCAGAACCUCACAGGCGCUCGCGAAUCACACCAGAACGCACACAAAGAAAAAUACCUCAUCUCCUGACUCCUUAUCAUGUUUGGCUUCGUCUUCUCCGGGCUCAAGUCAAGUCGGAACCGGGAAGCGGCUCCACUCAGAAAAUAACCCCAUCGUGAUUACGCAGCUCGAUGCUGAGACCGGCUGUUCGUCUUACGUUUUCAACGCCGUGCUGGAUUCCAAUUGUGAGUCGGACUCUGCAACCCAGUCCGACUCACCUCAAACCAAAGCCCACCGUAGCUGUAAGGACGGCGAGACUAACCAGGUACUCCUCAGGAGUAACCGAAACAGGAGGUUCGGUAAAAGAGUCCGACUGAAUGAAGAGGACCUUCCAGGGAGUGACGCGGAGCAGGAAAAUAGCGCGGAGCUUGACUCUGAGAGAGUUGGAGGGAGAGGAAACGCCACGCUUGGAUAUGACACAGAGUGUCAGAGCGCCACAUUGUCGCCGCGCACCAGGAAUUCUCACAAAGAGAACGACCGGCAGGAAGAAAACAACCAAAAGGUUUUGAGGAGGAGCAACAGGAUUACUGCCGCCCUUGCAGAAAUGGACCCUGACGCGGGGGAUGAGGAUGAGGAUGAUGAUGAUGAUGGGGGUGAGGACACCAUUGAUGAUGAGCGCGUGCGGCGGUUCCUGUCUGCUGGGGGCAUCCUGGAUGACGACGACGAAGACGACGAGGCCCCCGAUUCCCUGAAGAGCGUGGAGAGGAAAUGCCCCUACUGCCCCGAUCGCUUCCAUAACGGCAUCGGGCUGGCCAACCACGUGAGGGGCCACCUGAACCGGGUGGGCGUCAGCUACAAUGUGCGGCACUUCAUAUCCCCCGAGGAGGUCAACGCAAUCGAGAAGAGGUUCUCCUACCAGAAAAAGAAGAAAAAAGUGGCCAACUUUGAUCCAGCCACAUACAGUGUGAUGCACUGCGAGUUCUGCAGCGCCGGCUUUGACACACGCGCCGGCCUGUCCAGCCACGCUCGGGCGCACCUCCGGGACUUUGGCAUCACCAACUGGGACGUUACCGUCUCUCCGAUCCACAUCCUGAGGAAGUUGUUCUCCAGCAGACCUGACCUCGUAAUCCCGACAGCUCCCCCGCGGAGCACUGUCUCCGGUCUGGAGGAAGACGAGGAGGAAGAGGAGGAGGAGGAGGAAGAGGAAGAGGAGGAGGAAGAAGAGGAGGAUGGGAUUUUUGAGGUCAAACUGGAAGGGGUGACAAGUGAGCGGAGGAUAAAUGCUGCUUCUGUGUCUCCUGAACCUUUCAAUGAGGAAAAUGGCGUCAAAGGUGUCAAAGCAGCAGAAGAAGAAGAUGAAGAACGACAGCACCCGGCUAAUGAUGAGCCGGGUUCCAGCCCAAAGAAACCGCGUCUGCACAGCGUAGACGGGGAUGGCCUCUCUCCACGGGAGGAAGCAGACACCAAAGCUCAUGACUUGAAGUGCGACUUGUGUGGAGCUCAGUUCCAGACCAGACGUGCCAUGUCCAGCCACGCCCGCUCUCACCAGCUGCAGGGGGCUUCAGAAAGCGGCGGUGCGCCCGUGGACCAAACUGCCAAGGAGUGCAAUGUUCACCGCCACAAAAGCUUGUCUCACCUGGAGUCACCCAAGAGCGCCUCUCUGAUGGACUCCCAGAAACGUGAUGACCUGGAUGGAGACUUCGACGUGAAACCGAUAUCCCUUUCCGUGUUGACCCGAGCAGUCAAAGUGGUGCCACCCUCCUGCGUCUCUACACCAUCUCCUGGUGCCUCUCCGGUUCUGGCUCAUUCCAGCUCCCCCUUGUCGCUAGUGAGGAAAGCCCCCAUCUCCUCGUUACUGCCCGCGUCUUCCCCCUUGCGCUCCGCAGACCACAAGGCUGCGGGGAUGAAAAGUUUGACCUCUAACUUCUCCGCCCCACCAUCUAAACCGAUCUGGGCCCCGCAAGAAAAUGACGCUCCUCUCAACCUCACACUGGAGGUGGAUCCCAAAAAGGACAUCGUCUGUCAGCUGUGCGGUGCCUGGUUUGAGACCCGGAAAGGCUUGUCCAGCCAUGCGAGGGCCCACCUGCGUCACUUCGGCGUGGAGUACUCCGAAUCCAAAGGCUCGCCGAUCGCACUCCUGAACCGCCUCAUCGACACCGACGAGUUCAAGCACAAAGCCGGCGAAUUCAAACUCGACACUGAAACACGAGGCGUCGCCGCAACGCUCUCCUCCCCAAAGAAGCCUCCUCUCAGCCUGGCGUCCACCACUCCAUCCGUACUCUACAAGGUGACCACAGCUGGAGGCGGGUCCACUUCCAAAGCUACCUCUUCCUCGUCCUUGUCCUUCGGCCCGCCGGCCAAGCGUCUAAAAUCGUCUUCAAUGCAGGUCUUCCGCCUCAGCAGUGGUGAGAUCAUGGCCCUCCCACAAAGAGAUCCUCUAAAGGAAAUCGGCUGUGAAUUCUGUGGGGAAUAUUUCGAGAACCGGAAAGGAUUAUCCAGCCAUGCUCGUUCCCACCUGCGUCAAAUGGGCAUCACUGAGUGGUCCGUCAACGGUUCCCCUAUCGACACCCUGAGGGAGCUCAUCAAAAGACGGGGCUUGCCUUGCGCCCUUCCUCUAAAACCUCUGAAAAGCCCACCUCCGUCUUCUCCCGGUCCACCGCGUUCCCCACUGUCCACCCGCUCCUCGCCAUCGUCCCUCCUCAGCCGCCUGCCCUUCACCAGCUCCCCCAGUCCUCCUCAGUCUGCUGCGUUUAAGUCGGGCUCAACUCCGCCAACUUCCUCUGGGCUCAUCCUCAAGAUCAAGCCUGAGCCGGUGCAGCUGGAGGUCACGGCUCCUGAAGCUGGAGGCGGUGGCCGUCACAGUUUUCCCACCGAUCGUGUCAGCCCUGGAUGGAGCGGUUCUGACAGUGGGCUGCCCCUCAACUUGGCCAUGUCUCGUGAAGUAGAGCCUACACGAGAUAUCCGCUGUGAGUUCUGCGGAGAGUACUUUGAGAACCGUAAAGGCCUCUCCAGCCACGCCCGGUCUCACCUGCGCCAGAUGGGCAUCACAGAGUGGACUGUCAACGGGUCGCCCAUUGACACGCUACGGGAGAUCAUCCACAAGCGAGGCUUGACUGUCUGCCCUCAGGGGGUGAAGAAGGAGCGUGCCAAAAGUCCCUCUUGGGGGAACCCACCCAGAAGUUCCGAGGGUUUGUGCGUUUCUCCCUAUCAGUCCAAGUUUCGUAAGUCCCCUCUCAGCAUACUGUCAUCAGGGUCCAGGUUUCCUAAGCACGGCCUGGGCUCUCUGGGCUCCUCCAGUAUUCCCUCCUCGCCGAAGAUCGUCAGGAUAUCCCCACUAAACAAACAGCCGGAUGAAGCCCAGUCUGCGGAAAGUGCCCAGCAUCAGCGCAAGACUUUCUCACCUCUAUCGCCCGACUUCCCGAUGAAAAAAAAACCCUCCAUAGACAAACACAUCCGCAAGGUGUUUGCUGAGUCUCACCUGUUGCCUCCGCCCUAG